AUGGCCCAAGUGGAAUGUGUAGCUGUGAACUGCGCUCUUGCAACUGAUGUUUUUCGCGGUGAAAAGUCUGCUGCAGUCUUGGGCGACCAGAGGAUCGAGGAUCUGACCAGGGACAUUACCGCAGCCGGCAGGGCUGCGAUUGACGACAUGCUUUCUCCGCCGGAAGGCUGGCAAAGAACAGGCUCCGCGUUGGUGAAUGGGAUGGUCAGCUUGGCCAACUUGAGAAAGAGGAAGGCCCAGAGCACAGGAAGCUCUCAGGAGGAGGCUCUCGGGCUUGGAGACUUUGCGGAUCCCGAGCUGAUCCUUGGAUUCGUAGUCGCCGUCCCGCGGUACGUGCUCUCCACAGCGCUGAAGGCUCCGACUCUGUUGGCUGGCGUGGUGGCUUUUUACCUGAUCUGUGCGGUAUUGCCAAGUGGCCUCCUUGGCGAUCUGGUCAUGAUUGCUUUCGAGGCAGUUCUCUUUCGCGUCAUUUUGGAAGUCCUGCUGCGCGAUCGCGACAUGAUCCUUGCUAAGAGCAUCAAGGACGUCUGCCAGAAGAAGGAUGCUCCAGGUUCUGUCGUGGCGGUGCUUGGUGCUGCACAUUGCAACGGUGUGCGGCG